UCCAAAUUCAUUCUAUCAAGUGCUUCAAGUGAGUUGUAGUCAGGUGGGCGGUGCUUGGCUCACGAGGCUCAAGAGUGAAUUCCGCUAAAUUAAAAGCGAAGUUUACUUUAUUUUACAUUGUAUAUAAUCCAGACAAUUAUCCGGUCCUCCCAACAUCGCCAAAAUGCUCCUCUUACACUUCGUAGGUCAGAUUUGAUCUGUUGUAGGAAAACAAGGAUGGUACACAGAAAUACUGUGAAUAGUAUUAUGCUGCAUGGAUUUCCUUCAAGCUGCAUAUUAAAAACAGGGAUAAAAUGUCUCUUAAUAUGUCGAAACUGUGUCGAUUGUGUUUACUGACUGAAGGUACAAUGUCCGAUAUAUUUAACGAUGAGAAAAAAUCUGCAACGGCUGAUCGGAUCUUGGCAUGCAUCUCAAUUGAGGUGUCUGCAGGAGAUGGUCUACCACAACAGAUAUGCCACAAAUGCCUUCAUCAAGUAAAUAAAUGGUAUAAAUUCAGGAACCAGUGCAAGAAUGCUGAUGUGUUUCUGCAUCAGUAUAUCAGCAAAGUGCAACAGAAUCAAGACACCACGGCACAGACAGACUCUCUUUCAAAUGCAACCCCUGAUAUGCUUGUGCCACCCCUGUCAAGUGAUCUGUUUAGGGUUAGAAGUCACCCACAUGGCGUCAAGGAUGAGCCUCCUCACAGUGGAGAUAGCUCUGUGAGUUUCAGCAAUGAAGACAGUGAUCUCCAAGCAUGUCCAGAAAAUCAAAGCACUGAACACUAUUUUGGGACAUUGGCAGAAGCACUGUUAGAAAAUUCUGUUUCAGUAACAGCAAGAGAAACGUUAUUCUCUAGUAAUAAUAAAAGAGACAAAGAAGCAGUUAGUACUGUUGUUGAAAGUGAGUCCCAGGUUACAAAUGGUGAUGCACCUCGUUACAAAUGUUGUAAGGGCAGUCAACCAUGUACAGUGUUUCAUCCAGAAGGAAAACUGAAAACUCAAGCAUUUGAAUACAUAGAGACUGAAGCAUUUGUCAAUGAACACACUUUUGUGGUAACACAGACACCUGCUUCAGAUAUUAAAUGCAUUGUAACAGACUAUCAUCAGAUAACACACAGUCACAGUCCAGACAAUAAAAUGGAUGAGCAUAGUAACCUAGCUGUAUCGCUGAGUGUCGAACAUAACUUCAACAAAUGUACCAGUUCUACAAAUACAAAUUACACGUGUCAUAAAUGUGGGAAUACAUACACAAUGGACAUCAACCUCUCUUUCCACAUGUGUAAUUUCAUGAAUUCCAAAUGUUACAUUUGCAACAUAUGUGGAAAUGAGUUUACAAGCAUUAAAACAAUGAGAUGUCAUGCUGCCUACCACACUGGGAAAUAUCAAUGUGAAACUUGUGGAAGUUAUUUCUCAGCAGAGAUGCAUCGAAAUGUGCACAUGCGUAAACAUACAGGUGAGAAACCACACAUUUGUAACCUCUGCGGGAAGGCAUUCAUGUAUAGCAACAGCCUGACAUACCAUCUGAAUAUUCACAGAGGGGAAAAUUCUUUUAUAUGUGAUAUCUGUGGGCAUCGCUCUUUCUCCAAAGGGAAUUUUGAACGUCACAAAGCUUCACACACAAAAAUCAAACCACACAUGUGUGAAAUGUGUGGGAAGGCUUUUACAGUUAAUGUAGAUCUGAAGAGACACAGAUUAACACAUAGUAAUGAUAAGAAUUUUGUAUGUGACAUUUGUGAUAAAAGAUUCAAAACAGCUGCCAUCCUCACAAAUCACCAGCGACUUCAUACUGGAGAACGGCCAUAUAGUUGUGAUCUUUGUGGAAAGAGAUUUGCAAGGAAUGAUGGAUUGAAAGAGCACAGGGUAACACACACUGGGGAGAAACGCCACUCCUGCACUCGUUGUGGCAAGCAGUUCACUUGGUCCAAAGGCCUCAGGAAGCAUAAAUGUGAUCCAGUCAAUUUCUAAUAUUUAACACUCUUCCAAACAGUUCAAGAAUUUCCAAGCUAUUCUUAACAUAAUAUACAGUAGAACUUGGUUAUAACGUCAUCAAAGGGACCUAAAA